GUGGCUUUGCGGCCGGCCCGGGUGCCGUACGGCGAGCCGGGGCCCGGGGCCCAGCGCCAGCGCGGCCGGCGAUCGCCAGUGCGCGGGGCCGGCACCGGGGCAGCCAUGGCCAGCACAAUGGUGGCAGUUGGCUUGACUAUAGCAGCAGCUGGAUUUGCAGGUCGCUAUGCAGUAAAAGCUAUGAAGCAAAUGGAGCCACAAGUGAAACAAGCACUUCAGAAUCUACCAAAACCUGCCUUCAGUGGUUAUUAUAGAGGUGGAUUUGAACCCAAAAUGACUAAACGAGAAGCAGCUUUAAUACUAGGAGUGAGCCCUACAGCCAAUAGAAGUAAAAUUAGAGAAGCCCAUAGACGGAUAAUGCUACUGAAUCAUCCAGAUAAAGGUGGCUCUCCAUAUGUAGCAGCCAAAAUCAAUGAAGCAAAGGAUUUACUGGAAGAUCAAGCUAAAAAAUGAAGAAAAUCAGAGAGUGUGUCCAAGAAAAUUAUUUUUGAUAAAUGGCUUUUAAAAAGUUCUAAUGUCAGUCUUUGACUUAAAAAUCAGAAAUGAAGUAUGAAUUCAGGGAGGUGCUUCCUUCCCCACUCAUUUCUUAAUCACUUUUGAGGGAAAUGUUUGCGGGAGUGAAGCUUAAAGUGUUUUUCAUAGCUCUUCUUUAUAACACAGCAAAAUCUGCCACUCAUAAAUAAUUUUAAGUGUAAAAGAAUAACUUUGGCUGAUGCAUGUUACCAGAUGCAGGUAGACUUCUGUGCCAUUACCUAAUUUUUGCUGAACUAGCUGUGUUUAAAGGUCAUGCUGCUGCUCUUUCAUAUGCCAAAGUUUGCAUGAGGAGCUGAUCUGAGUGGGGAGUGGAAAUCAGGAGUUUUAUGACUGAUGUGUGGUAGUCUGAGUAAAGAAAUAAAGUAAACCAUGUACGCACUUGUCUCGGCCUUGUGAAAAACAAGGUUGGUUCAACUUCCCAAGUGUCAGAGACUUUUUUCAUGGAUUUUAUAGCAUAUAAUAAAUUCUAAGUUUGUAAUAA